GCAGUCCACGCCAAGUCCUGCCAAAGGACUGAGCCCCCCUUUAACAAAUUCGAUUUGCUGGGCAAAUGGGGAGACAGAGAGGGAUGCUUUGGGCCGUGGCAGGUUUCUGGGCAUGGCUUCUGUGCGCGCCUGGGAAAACAGUUGCCGUCCCAGUUCCCACAGAAUGGGAAGAAGGAGACCUGGGCGACUUCACCACCACCAGUGAUGGCCUUUCCUGGGGCACAGACAGUGACUAUUUCGACCCCACCAUGCUUCCGACCACAGAGGUGCCUGUCUUCACGGAGGAAAUCCAAGCCACAGAAUUCUAUACUUCUAGCCCUCUCCUUGGGAACCCAGAAGGAAACCUGAGUUCUAUUAGCUCAGCGAACUCUUCCAGUCCCGUGGAGGAAGAAAGGUCAGGUUCUCCGUCGGCCUCCACUCUUGCAGGAAACGUGGCCUCUUCCACCGAUGGUCCCAAGAACCCAGGAAUCACACCUGCAGGAGGGAACGCCAAGGAAACGACAGAAGUCCAUGUCGAAGAAAAGGCCGUCUUCCCGGCCAGGACGAACUCUUCUUUGGAAGAAGGGACAGCUAAAACAGCAGCAGUGGUGUCUAAGGAAGCAGCCACACAGGUCACCUUGCUCUCUAAGGAAGAAGAGGCAGCUGAAUCCCCCGCGGAGAGGACCGAAGAAACAGCCACGGCGCCCAUCUUGCUUUCUGCUUCUGCCUCUGAGCAGCCUGGAGGAACAGAGCUUCUCAUGGAGUUGGAGCCCAGCACAACAAGCACAUCUCCUCUCAGCGCGACCGGCGGUGAAGGGAUACGGGCAUCACCCUCCGAGGAAGGGGCAAGCAGCGUUGCUUCUGACGAAAUGAGUUUUCUGCCACCAGCUGCUGGAGACGAGGAGGCAAUGGAUGUGGACACCAGGGGAAGCGACGUGGGUUUCCAGCUCAACCCCACCGUAGCUUCGUGGGAGGAAACACCAAACGUCAUCCCAGAAGCAGAUGAGGAGACUCCAGAGCUUUCUCCAGAUGGUGGCAGUGAGGCUGCAGCCCCGUCCUCGAGCCCAGGGGCAGACCCUUCCAGCCACACAGAAGAGCUGCCUGUAGAAGAAGAAGAAGCUGCUCCUGCUGAUGGAAGCUCUCCUCCACCACCUCCAGAGGGAGAUGCUGUGACGCCACCGCCAGAAUUGCCCCCAUCCGGUUCGUUGCCGUCUGAUGACACAACUGCGGAGUCAUCAGAACCUGGUGAGCUUGUUGCAGUUUCCACUCAACUACCUCCUGCUGAUGAAGCUGCUCUGGAUGUAGAAUCUGCUCCUGGAGAAGGAAGGGGCGAUGCAGAUAGCUCUCUGUCUGCAGGAGAGCCCGAAAGCGAUACGGAGGCAACUGCAGGUCCCUCUUCUGCAGGACCAGAAGUUGGCCCUGAAAACACGGCCGAUGUGCCCGCUGGAGAAUCAGAAGACCUGCUGAGUGCAGAAUCCCUUCCAGUAGAUGAGUCAACACUAGACAGUCCACCCGGCAUUUUAUCUCCCAGUGAUGCUCCCUCUGAACCUUCACUGAGGAUGGAAGUGUCUUCUCCUGCUGGACUCCCAUUGGGGUCGGGUUCUGCUUCACAGUUCCCUGAGGAUGGUGAGACCCAGGCAUCUUCCACAACUAACGAAGAGGCAGAGGAAGGUUCUGGAAGCCCAGACAGCAACAAGGAAGCAUCUUUUGCUUCAGUGUCUCCAGAGCAAGGACCAGCUUCUUCAGGAAGAGAUGUCCCUGCUGGAGAAGAAGUUUCUGCAGACCUUGUCAGUGGGGCAGCCUCCCCCUUGAAUCCUGGUAUGGAAACAGAUAGUUCAGACGUGGCAGAGAAUGAGCAGCCCACAGUAUCAACCCAGAGCGAGCCCUCUUCAGAUAUGACCACCAUAAAUUCAGCUGGGGUAGCAGAGAAGGUACCAGGGACUUUGCCCGAUGCCAAAACAUCCCCUCCUUCUCUCCUGGAGGAUGAAACAGUAUCCGAAGCUCAGGGGUCAUCUGAAGAAACACCCUCUCCUAUGUCUCUCAGUGUUACACCUUCUCAGCAGGAGGAGGGAGAGAUCUCCCCCAGCGAAACACCUGGAAAGGUUGUUGGUUCUUCUCCUGAAGGCAGUGAGGCAGCUACAGGACCAGAUGUUGUAGUAGGAUCAGCCACAAUUGAUGCUGUCACACAGACGAGCAGCGAAGGCCAGAGCGAGACAGGCUCCCCACUCUCCAGCAUGGAGCUUAUCCCACCUGUGGGAAGAUCAGAGAUUUUGGACACUGAAGAAUCUUCAGAUCUGUCACCUGCAGAGGACAUGGUGGUAACAGAUCCAUCGGGAGGACAAGCCACCUUCCCCUCCACAUCUCCUGAUGCGUCACCUUCUGGUCCCUCUGCUACAGAUGCAAUGGAAGCUCCAUCAAAUGGACCACCUGGCUCUCCACCUUCCUCCCACCUACCCCCAGACAAUGACAUGGGGGCAGGCUCAGAGGUCACCACGGGGCCAGAGGAACUAGGACAUUCUGCUGCUGUGAACAGGGAGGAAGCAUCUCUUUCCCCAGUGUCCACCGCAGAGCCUGAACUGGCUCCUGCAGAAACAGAGGCCGCUGAGGAUGGAAAUGUUUCUGAAGACCUAGGCAAGGUAUCAGCCUUACCCUCCAGAGAAGAGACAGUAGGAGCCACCUCAGAGGCAGCAGUUGAUGAGGGAUCCCCUUCAGAUAGCAGCAGCUUUCUGGACGAAGUCAACACUCUGCCCCCAGAGCCACAGCUAGGUCCAGGAAGUGCAGCACAGAACAGUCCACCAAGCUCUGCAGAGGUGACAGAUGCAGAAUCUGGAGAUCUUACACCCCUUCCUGAGAGUGGUGGAGAAUCAAAGGAAGCUCAAGAGUCAUCAGAAAACACCCCCUCUUCUGCAUCUUCUUCUGGGUCCUUCAGUGUGGAAGACGAAGAAGGCGAAGCCUCCUCAAGCCCAACUUCUGACAACCUUGGUCCUUCCCCCCAAGGCACUGAUGUUUUAGAAGGUAGCAGGGAUGGUGAGGGCAGCACUGGAUUGGUUGAAAAUGAAGUAGCUGGGACAACCAACAGCGGGGGCCAAGCUGGAACGGAUCUCCCACUUUCAGAUGCAGAAAUUGGCCCCACUGAAAGAUCAGAGCUGCCUGCAGGACCACCAGGAGCUGCGGCUGAUGGAGAAACCCCAAGUCAACCGCCUGUAGAGGAUGGCGAGACAUUAGUAGGAAACACAGCCUCAGGAGAAGAAUCUCCCUUAGUCACCCCAAGUGAAAAAUCCCCCCCUUCUGUUGUUUUUGAGCCAUCAGGAGCUGAGCCUAGUGGGUCCACUAGCUCUCCAGUCUCCUAUCAGCUGUCUCCAGAUGUUGCAUUAAAUCCAGGCUCUGCAACUUCUGAGGAGGCCCAGGGAUUGGAAGAUACUUUUAGUAAGAAAGGAUUGGAUUUGGUUCCAAUAGACAUGGGGUCACCACCGGCCUCCCCCUCCAAUGAUGGGAUAGGGGGUACUGGCUCAGACUUGGAAGGUAGUGAGGAGUCUCAACUCUCUCCAGAAGAUGCUGCAACAGAUGAGGGAGCAGAACCAUCUGAAGGCUCUUCCAGUGUCGGUGGCAAGGAAACAUACUUGGCUCCGUCAGCCUCAAAGCCACCUGUUUCCUCUUCUUCCACUGAAGAGGUGCAAAUGGAUGGAUCACCAUCAGUCGAUAGCGAGGAGCCUACUCUGUCUCCAGAUGAUGCAGUGAGAGCAGGACCUGUCACUUAUGAGGAGGGAGAAGAAUCAGAAGACAUCUCCGCUGAAAGUGGAAAGGAACCAUCGUCUCCAUUGGCCACAGAGUUACAAUCAGCAACUGCCUCCACCGAAGGCAUGGAAACUGCCAUCUCUGAAUCAGAACCCAGUGCAGGAUCUCAACCAUCUCAAGAUGCUGCAGGACCUGGAGCUUCUGAAGGCAUAGAACAGUGGGAAAACUCUUCUGCUGCAAGUGAGCAGGAAAUGCCUUUGGGUUCAUCGGUUGGAGAAUCACCGAAAACAUCUGCAGGUGAAGAGGUUUCUGAAGGACUUGUUGAAGGAAGACCUUCCCUCUCCACUGAGUGGGUGGAUCCUGCCAGCUUUGAGAAGGCAGCAGGGGAAGGAUCUCAACCAGUAAAUGCAGGAGUGUCCAAUGGGAAGGAACCAUCAUCUGCUCCAUUGGCUGCAGAGCCACAGUCAGACUCUCUGUCAACUGAAGGGGUGGAAAUGCCCAGUUUGGGGCCAGCAACUGACACAGGAUCUCAACCAUCCGUAGAUAGUGGAGCAACAGCAGGGGCUGUAGCUUCUGAGGAGGGAGAAGAAUCCUCUUUGGCCCCAUUGUCACCAGAUUCACAAUCCUCUGGAACACCUACAAGUGAAGAUGUUUCUGGAGGGCUUGGAGAAUCUUCCACCCUCCCUGAAGGUGUGGAAACAGGGGCUGUAGCUUCUGAGGAGGGAGGAGAAUCCACAAUAAGUGAAAAGAAAUCCUCUUUGGCCCCAUUGGCACCAGAUUCACAAUCCUCUGGAACACCUACAAGUGAAGAUGUUUCUGGAGGGCUUGGAGAAUCCCCCCUCCUCCCUGAAGAUGUAGAAACACCUAUUUUGGAUUCAGCAACUAACACAGGAUCUCAAUCAUCACCGGAUGGUGCAGCAGAGGGUGUAGCUUCUGAGGAGGGAGGAGUAUCAGAAGACGUUUCUCCUGUGAGUGGGAAAGAGCCAUCUUUGCAUGCAUUGCCCACAGCCUCACAAUCUUCUGGAACAUCUGCAAGCAAUGAGGUUUCUGGAGGACUUGGUGAUGGAGAUUCCUCCUUCGCCACUGAAGGGGUGGAAACAGCCGGCUCAGAGUCAGCAGCAAGCAAGGCAUCCCAACCAUCACUAGAUGGUGCAGCAACAAUAGUGUCCAAUGGGAAGGAACCAUCAUUGGCUCCAUUGGCUGCAGAGUCACCAUCAGACUCUCUGUCAACCGAAGAGGUAGAAAUGCCCAGCUUGGGGACAGCAACAAAUGCAGGAUCUCAACCAUCUGCAGACAAUGCAGAUACAGCCGGGGAUUUAGCUUCUGAGGAAGGAGAAGAAUCGGAAGACAUUUCCACUGUGAACGGGAAGAAGCCAUCUUUGGAUGCAUUGUCCACAGCAUCACAAUCUUCUGGGACAUCUGCAAGCAAUGAGGUUUCUGGAGGACUUGGUGAUGGAGAUUCCUCCCUCACCAUUGAAGGGUUGGAAACGCCCAGCAUGGGGACAGCAACAGAUGCAGGAUCUCAACCAUCUGUGGACAAUGCAGCUACAGCAGGAGCUUCUGAGGAGGGCAUGAGUGGGAAGGAAGCAUCAUUUAAUCCAUUGUCCACAGAAUCACAAUCCCCGGGAACAUUGACAAGUGAAGAUGUUUCUGGAGGACUUGGUGACGGAGAACCUUCCCUUCCCACUGGAGGGGUGGAAACUGCCAGUUUGGGAUCAACAGCCACCAAGGGAUCCACCUCUUUCACAGAGACAGUCCUGAGCCCAGAAAACGUAGCAGAGCAGCUAGAAGAGAAAUCUGGCUCAAUAACUGGUGCAGAAUCUUUCCCUCAACCCUCUUCUGUGAUCGACAAAGCUUCAGGAGGAACCUUGCCUUCUGCUUCUGCAUAUUCUGAUGAGAGCUUGGCCACCAAUGCUGGGGCAAACCAAGUCUCUGGCAUUACAGAGUCUUCACAGCCACCUCCAGGGAGUGGAGAUGUUAGUGACAACAUGGCAGGUCUUGAUAACACAGGAAGUUCAGAAAAGUCUGUAAGUGGACAGCCUGCUCCUUCUAACAGUGAUGCCCUGGGUGGGUCAGAUUCUUCCUCUCCAGGGGCAGAAGUCAGCACAGAGAUUUUAAGAGGAGAUUUGGGGACUGGUCCAGGGUCCUUCGAUACAGAGGAAUCUCCUUCUGCCUUAUCGCCCCCCAGUAACACACUGCCCUCUGGACCCACCAACUCAUAUGUCAAAGGCACAGGAAAUGUCAUUGCUGAUGGCUCAUCUUCUCAGAAGGUAGAGGAGGCACCAGCUGGCGUAGAAGCAGGAAAAACAGACUCUUUCCCUUCUGAUUCAGAGACCCAAGAAUCCAGACCCUCACCCAAUGGGCUUUUGAGCUCUUCCCCAGCGUCCGAAGGGAGAGGCGAUGCAGACAGCUCAGUUUUGGCAGCUGACAAGGGUCCAGCCACCACAUCCACUGCUGGUGGAACAAGUCCUUCCCUGUCUAGUACACAACUGAGUCCAGCGAAUACCCUGAAACUGCCUUCUGGGGCAGAAUCAGGCCCUGAGAUCAAAGGAGGAACGUCUCCUCUGUCCUCCAAGUCUGAAGACCCAGGAAGUGUUAAGCCCAUACUUUUAGCAAAACCACCCAUGAAGCCAUCAUCUCCCGCUGGUUCCGGCAUCUCAUCCCCGCCUCCUUCCUCCGCCCAGAGUAAGCCAGCUGUUGGUGUGGGCAAAGACACAUCUGGCAACAGCAAAGCAUCCUCCUCCGCAGGGAAAGCACCCAGCUCUGCCCUUGGAACGUCCAGCAGCAGCUCUCCAGUUUCUAAGCCCACCAAGUCGGGGUCUUCAACCAGUUCCGGCAUCUCAUCCCUGUCUCCUUCCCCCACGCAGAAAAAGCCGGGUGUCGGCGUGAGCAAAGUCGCACCUGCCAAUAGCAAAGGAAAACCAGAGGUCCCCCUUGCCGCUGCAGGAGAUACUAAAUCUUCAGAAGGCAAAGCAAAGAAGCCCAAUUCAAGACCCCAGAAUUCCAAGGAUGGGAAAACAGCAACUGCCAAUGGAAACCCAGCAAAGUCAGGCCGCAUCUCUGCAGUUCCAGCUCCUGUAACAUCACCAGCGGCGUCCCUCUUCCCAUACGGAGCAAGUGCGAACGACAAAGAAUACGUUCAAAGGAAAGUGGAUUUCAAUUCGCCUCUGUUCAGGCCCGAGAUUGGAAUCCCACUGGGAAAAACGCUGCGCAGCUCCCUCUAUUUCACAGACAACGGACAAAUAAUUUUCCCAGCUUCUGAUAAAGAUAUUUCCAGCUAUCCUAACCCACCUCCGGAAGGAUUUAAUGGCCGUGAGAAAGUACCAAUGAUAGCCGUGUUUUGGGACCAUGCUGAUUUCUCCAGAGGCAAAGGAACCAUCUUUUACCAGGAAUAUGUUACCCAGACCUCUGCAAAACACCCCGUUGUCCGUGAUGUGGAAGCAAAGAUUCAGCAAUAUUUGAAGUGUUCCUAUUCAGCCACCUGGACACUCAAGAUCACCUGGGUGAAAGCGCAGCCUUACCCAGCGCAGGGGCAGAACGGCAGAACCAACACCUACCAAGCCAUCCUAACCACUGAUGGAUACAGAACAUACACGCUGUUCCUUUAUCAAAAUGGUGGAAUGCAAUGGGAUUACAGAAGAAUCGCUCCUGCAAAUGUGCUGAUCGGGUGGACCAGCGGUGACGGAUAUUUUAAAAACGACGACCUGAUAACUAAAACGCCAGCUGAGAAAUACCGGCCAGAUCAAACCGAGGGCUACAACACCGGUGUGCGUGGUCUCUGGGUAUACAAGUUGGACAGCCGCAUCCGGGUGAACUACAGGCAGCGGUGCCUCGACUGGCUUAGCCAUGAGGGGCAGCCAUCUGCCUGGAACAAGGACCUGCCUCCCUGCCCUUGCUCUCUGCAACAGGGGCUGUCGGACGAUCGCUUCUCCCGCAGCAAAAAAGGUUUGCCGGACUCUCGCUUAACCAUGCUGUAUUCCUCUGCCCCAAACAAGUACGGUGCUGGGGUCCGGUGUCUUUAUAACAGCAAGAACCAGCUUGUGGAAGGUCACCAGGAAAGAGUCUGGAAGGGUUCGAGACGCUCCCCCAACAGCGACGAAGAGUUGAAAUUAUAUGACUGGUGCUGUAACCAGACCGGAGACCUCCAGUUCUGUGAUAAGUACAGCCAGAAAAGGCCAAAGAUCGGCUGUGAUGGAUACAGGCCUCCAAUCCGGGCAGCGACUUCAUCGGAAGAGAAGGUGGACAGCAAAUCAGAGGAAGACAGAGAUUGAGAUCUCCUCCUCCUCCUCCUCCUCCAGACCUUGUUUCGCCGCAGAUCAACGUCAAUGAUUCGCCCACCGGACUCCUUUUUGCUCCUCUGUUUUAUGCAGGAGCUGAAUGGGGAAACGGCUUCCAAAUCCGUUCAGGCUGAAAUGAUCAACUUUGCUGAAUAAAAUGCCUUCAACACCUCGUUA